AUGAAUCUAAUUAAGAUAUUUCUCUUUUGCUUCACGCUUCUAGCCCCAAUCCAGGGGGCUACUACCUUCGAGACGUUUGUCGACUCUCAGUAUAACUUUAACGCUUUAAAUGCUACUCAGCCAUGUCUAGAUUUGACCCCGACCAUAUUCGAUGCUAUUCUUUCUUACAAGAUAAAUCUUAAGGCUAUGGAGAAUCUAGUGUUGAAGGGUAUGACGGCUCUAAGAACCGAGUUACAAAAGGAAGAAUUUACAGCACUUGAUUUGAUGGAAGUCGCAGGCCGUUCAAUGAAAACUGUGUCUCUCAGAAAAAUUGCGGGAUCCAACGAAAUCAUGAAAGUGCGUUUUGAACAAGUCAAGACUUUGUUCUAUUCGAUGCCAAUCGCGCGCCAGUUGUACCGAUACAUGCUGUCCCUAUUUUCGUUUUCUUUGCAAAAUAAGGACCUGAAGGACAGCUUGCAAAGUGCCAAGGGACUCUGGUUGUUACUAGAAACACGUUACGCGGCUAUGCAAGGUUUGCGUUUCGAAGCGAUGCAGUUCAUAAGUUCUGCGGAAACCUCACAGUUUGUGGCUGAAACAAUUCAACAAUGGCAAAAUGCCAAAUCUGCGUGCACGCCUACUGUCGACGUUGCCGCCGCUGCCAUGGGCGUUACGGGCGGUCAAACGCCAGGUUUACAAAAAAUUCCAGAUGCUGUCGUUAGGGAAUACGAUGUGGGCAAAAGAGAAUUUAUUGCUCGUGUUGCAGACUCAAAUAUGUCCGCUAAUCAUUCUGCACUCAUUGUCGCAGGAAUGUCCUCGGCAUCGUCCUCGUACAAGCUUUCUAUUUGGAAAGUUACGGCCGCCGCACUAGUGAUCGUUGGCACUGCAUUUCUGUUCUAA